AUGUCUCAACACACCACCCAAGAAUUCUACGGCGGAGCCCUUCGAGGCGUUGUCCCGCAGAGCUGGAUUGAUUCCAGCACCCUGCGCGAAGUGCCCGAUCACCAAGAGCUCUUCCUCUCACCAACCACGCUAUCAAACCUGAUCAUCGAAAUCAACCAGCGUGUCCCACAGGAAGAGGCCCUGACUGCCAGUGCCAAAUUCAGCAACCGGCCAGCAGCACCUAGCGGAAGCGCUACCUCUUUGCAAAUCGACCAUGCCGCUUGCCUGUACCACCUGCACGAUCUGUGCGACGAGGGCGACACCAUGAAGGUGGUCACUUCCCCAUCGAAGGUUGAUGUCCAACUCGCUACUUCUUCGCCCUCGCCUGUACCGAUCAAGGCCUACCGUGGCGUUGUCUCUUUCACUACACCGAAGAAGGACGCCGAGCCUGUGUCGGCUGGCGGCACGCCGCCUUCGUCACGGUUGUCCUGCCACUACCUGCUUGUUCGACUGGCUGCUCAGGAGACUGAUUUGUUGGUCUUCUUCAAUGUUCCCCAUGAGGAGUUUGAGAGUAGUGGUGAUCCUAAGGGCUUGGCUGCGGAGGAGGCUCUCGCUGCCGAUACUAUUGGCGCUUUAGUGGAGAAGUUGGAAAUCUGUGACUGGGGACUUUUUGUUUAA